AUGGUCCUUAUGCUUCUGCCUUCCUCACAUAUCACCUCAUCUCCUGCUUUUCCAGGUCGGAGGAGAAUUAGCCAGAGGGAAGCAGAGGAGGAAAGGAGGAUGCUUUCUAUUCUGACAAGCUUUGUCCCUCCUGUCUUCUGCAGCCCCUUUGGCCAGCAUCAAGAUACCAUCUGCUUCCGUCAACUGUUAUGCCCAGACCCCCUCUGUGAGGUGUGUAAUAGAGCAACUGCCGAGGUCAAGCUACUGCUGUUCCAGGAGUCUCCAGAAGAUGCGACUCCCUCUGUGUCCCCUUUGGCUUGCACAGCAACUGGAAAAUCAAUACCAGUCCCUCUUCCUGAGCCUACCCCACCUCCCAUCUCCAUUCUCUCACCUGACCUGAUGACCCUCUUACCUGACUUCCUUUCACCCUUACCACUAAAUGACUCCCUGCCACCACAGCUUGCUCCUUCCCUGGAAUCCAAAUUCCCACUGGACCAUUCCCCACCCAAGCCACUUGCCUUUCCCCCUCUCCCACCACAUCAUACUCAGGGAGCAGAUCCUGUUCUCCAAUCUGAGGCCACUUUGUCUGUAAAGACCAUCUUCACAUUUGACCCCGUCCUUUCCCAAGAUAUCGAUGCCUUACCAAAUUUAUCCCAGGCAAUGGAUCCCACUGAUUCACAAACUUGUCAUCAUGCAUCAUCAACCUCGUCUGCUUCACCACCGUCAGACUGUGCUUUAACUGUGACUCAAUCUAACUCAGUCUCCAUCUUAUUGAAGCCUAUUCUAGAGAUGUCCUCUCCAGAUAGCUCUGAUGGGUUAUCUACUUAUGUCCCAAUAGUCAGAGGCAUUGACCCUUCAAUUUCAGAAUUCUCCUGGUGGAAGGCUCAUGCCAGGAACAUGUUCCUCCCCAGAUUACAACACUGUGAUUUUCAGCAGGAGCACGUUUCUCUCCCUCUAACAGAGACUGCUGCUACCAAGCAUGUGGUGGACAGUUUUCCUUUCCUUGGCCUUAAUAUACAGGCACUCUUGGAGAGACAAAUAAAAAAAAGAAUGUCUUUUCAGGUUUUGGAGAAGAAAGAAAAGGAGGAAGGACCAUUUUUAAAACAAACGUGGUCAGAAUACCAACGGACAUCUUCAGGGAAUUCACUGGAGGCACUGGUUGAUGAGCAGGACACCACAGCCCCCCAAACUGGCUGGAACACCAAAGACACACCAGAGAAUCUGUACAUUUGUCAGCAGCUCCCAUAUGUCAAGACUUUGGGAGGAAACUUUCAGCAGAAAUAUAAGCAACUCUUCUGGGGUCUUCCCUCUCUGCACAGUGAGUCCCUAGUGGCUACUCUUCCGGUCUCUAGGAGCAAUUCCCCACUAGAGUCUGGUUUUAUCUUUUUCAAUGGAAUCUGUAAUGCUCCUGAAGUCCAAAUACAGGAUCAAGAAUCUUCACCACUUUCUCAGUCCCAUCCUCUUCCCCACACCCAGGUACAUCCCCAUCCCUUUUCUCAAACCAAUCUUCAACCACAGAUUGUACCUCUCGCUCAAGUGCAUUCCCAGGCCCACCUUCAAUCCUCCCUUCCUUUGCUACCAUCAUCUUUUCCACCCCAGAUUAAGGACUGUGGAGUGUCUUUCCAUAGACUCCAGAAUGAGGCUGACAUUCACAUCUCAAAUGAAAAUCAAUAUCUGGAAUGGCAUGUGUUACAGAAGCAACAGGAAGGUUUGUGGGGUUUAGUCCCUGUGCUCCAAAGAUCUCAAGAAGCUGUCUGUCUUCCACCUCCUAAUCUUCCACUGGUUGCCCAGUCCUCCCAGGCCUCUGUUCCAGUCUCCAUCUUUCCUGGCCAUUUUCAUGUCAGUAGUGAACCUCAGGAGCAACUUGAGCUCCAUGUUCCAAAGAGGCUAAUGCCACACUGGUGCUUCCAUGCCUAUAGGAAUCUAGGAUCUGCAGCACUGAUGGAGCCUCAGUGCAAAUCAACAGAAAUAUCUCAGCAGAAUUGCAGUCAUAUUCAUUUACAACCCUUUGAGCUUCAGGGCCACAGUAGCAAGGAUGUACAGAAGAUAGAAUUGAGUUGCACAGGAAGUUUCCAUGAGAGAGUCCCAACAAAGUUUCAACUAAGGAAGGACAAGACAAAGAAUCUUGGGCACAUCUUCGGGGAGUGCCCAUUACACAAUCCAUCAACAGUCUCAGAAUAUGUCCAAGUGAGUGGUUUGAGGGCUGCCUCUGAGGCAAAAAGUGACGAGGUAUGUCACUCAAGAAAUGACUCAGGGAAUGAAUUACUAAGUGUAUCAAGGAGGAACUUAGACCAGAAUGAAAUGAAAUCCAUUCUUAGAUUACAUUUGAGCAGGAAGUCUUGGCAGAUCACUGCAGAUAGGAUCCCUAUACGUGUAUGUCAUUCAUGGCUGGCUGACAACAUUGUACAGCCUCCUCCUGGGAGUUCCCAUGCCAACACAAAAAACAGAAAUUUAACACCAUUGGUGGGUAGGGUCAACUGCAAGAUUACCAUGCAAGAGCUUUCCUUUCUUGAUCCCCAAACCCAUCAGGCGCUAGAAGCUCACAUUAGGAGGUUUAGUGUAAGUCAGAAGUGGGGCCUACCCCUGAAGGUUCUUGAGUCCGUAAAAUCUUAUGUGUUGAGAGAAGCCAAAACAUGGCCUCUUCCCCAAUUUGACUUUCCUUUGCCUGCCACCUAUUUUUCUAGGGAGGUUUCCAAGCCCCUUAAAGGAAGCUCUGAAACUUUUCAGGGAGACAAAUUAGGAACAACAAAUUCAGUUCCCAGCCUAGAUCAUCAUCUCCCUGCUACCCUACCUGUGGACAAAGAAGUACAGGGGGCUCUGAGACAGUCACCCUCUGAUGCUGACCACAAGCUUACGGAGAAUGUCCAGACAAUUGAGGAUGGCAGACACACUCUUCUGCCCCGCAUACACAGCAGCAUACACAAAGCAAGUCAGAAACAGACUAUACUAGUCAAAAGACACAGCCUAAAACUGCCCACAGGGCAAGAUGGGGCUGGACAUGCAUCAGGGAAUGAGAGAGUGAGUUUCUGCAAUAGAGUAGAAAGGCUUCAGGGCAAAAGAAUGGUGGAGAAGAAUUCAGAACAUUUUUCUGUGUCCAAUAUGUCUAGGGAGAUAUUCAAGGCUGAUGAGCUCCGUGCUCUUCAAUCACAAUCUAAUGAUAUCUUGACAACCAGUGAGUUGGGAAGCUGCUCAAUGAUAAAUGCGAAUAUGAGUAAAGAAGAAACUACCCUGAUCAUCAAAUACUCUCCACCAAGAAUAUUGAUUCCUGAAGAUCCUAAGUCAUCAGACUUUAAAAGAAAGCUGGUUAGUGAGUUAAAAUUUAAAUUGGAGAGCGAGUUGCAUAGCCAGGUUCAAGACUGUCCCAGUGACAUAUCAUCUACUUCAGGCAGCUUGGUUUCUGAUUACUCCCAGAGUGUCUCCAGUGGGGACUUGGCAGCUCCCCAGGGGCUGCGUGUUCACUUGGACAAUGGAGGGAUCAUCAUGGGGCAGAGGCAGGAGCCCUGGGUCCCUAAGUGUGUCUUACAGAAGUGCCAGGAUAAGGAUUUCCCAUCAGCCGAGAGGACAGUGAGACCUCCAGGACCCAAAGCAGGAGAAAGUAGAUGUGAGGACUCAAGAUUGGAGACAUCCAAAGCCAUAAGGAAGAGCCAUCUUGUCAAAGGCAGGAAAUUAGAGAAGACUUCCAAGUGUCUGUCCCAGAAGGAACCUCCUGGAAGUUAUUUCAGAAAAAAGAUGAGGGAACUUUUUCAGUGGUUCAAUUCCAAGAGAAAAAGCACAGGGCAGGAAAGUCCCCUGCAAAAAGGCAAGUUCAUGCCAGGCUUUGUACGGAGCCAAGACCCCGUUGAAGGUAGAGGUGUCUUUUUUAGCUGUGGGCCUCUUGAAGCUUCUGAGCUCAUGAUGGUCAUCGGGAAGAUCCUUGAGGAAAAACUGGCAUGUAGGCAGCAACCUGAGGCCUUGCAAUUAAGUUGGCAGAAGGAGGAACUGCGGGCCCAGGCAGAGCCCUGCAAAGGAAAACCCUCCAACUAUGGGGCUUCCAUUGACCCACAGCAAGGGGAAGGAUCAGGUACUUGGUUGCAGGAACUCCUGCAACUAAGAAGCCGUCUCUACUGGCCCAAGUUGUCUUACAAAUUUUAA